AUGUCCUCCACCCCACCAUCCUCUCCCUGGGGCCCAGCAGUCCUGCCUCCCACAUGGACCCUGUCCGAAUGGCAACAGACCACCAGAUCAGACCCCCUAGUCAACUGGGGUCGAGACGACCCUAUACCAGAGAAAGUCGACAUUGUCGUCGUAGGUUCUGGUCUGGCCGGCGCCAAGACAGCCCACUCCCUGCUCACUUCAUACCCAGCUGAAGCCCGCCCUUCACUCAUCACCUUCGAAGCCCGCGAGACCUGCUCUGGCGCAUCUGGGCGAAACGCUGGCCAUUGCCGUCCUGAUGCUUUCCGAGGCUUUACGGCUUUUGCAACGAUGCAUGGGGAGAAGAAUGCUGCGGGAGUACUGGCUAGUGAGGCCAUCACUCUGGACAAGGUGAAAGCCUUUGUGAAAGAGCAUUCUGUAGAGUGCGAGUUUACUGAACGGAUGACACUUGAUGUAGUCCUGAGCGAAGAAUUCAAAACCUACUGCUCUCAGGCUAUGCAGCGGGCCAAAGAUUACGGCGUCGAUGUCUCGCACAUCAAGUAUUACGAAGGCGAAGAGGCCCAAAAGAUCACUCGUUCCCCUAGAGCUUUGGCAGCAUACGAAUGGCCCGCAGCCUCGGUAAACCCAGCUCAACUAUGCUAUGCCAUUCACCGUUUGAACAUUGCCCUCGGGGCCAAGCUCUUUUCAUGGACGCCCGUCACUUCUUGCAUCUCUUCCUCUCCCACCACCCUUGACAAGGGAGAGGAAAGCGAAGACGGAUAUCGAUGGAAGAUCAUGACUCCCCGAGGGGAAGUGUUGACAAAGAAGGUCGUUUGGGCGACGAACGGAUAUACAAACUUGGUUUUGCCCGAGAUGGACGGUCUUAUCACAGCCCAUAAAGCAAUCAAGCUCACCCUCCCUCCGGCCGGGAUGGCCAAGUUCCCGAGGAUUGAACAUACCAUGUCUCUCCGUUACGUCGAGCGAUUCUACUCUGUGAUGCAACGACCCGACAACUCCAUCAUCCUCGCCUCCCCCCGCAAAUGGCCCGGCCAAUCCCCCAAGACAUUCCAACACCUCUUUGGGACAUACGACGAUACCCAGCCCCUAUCCGAGCGGACGACCAACACCUUCUUCGAAGUAUGUGAUACCCUUCCCGGGGGCGGGUAUACAGUCGUCAAAGACGGUGGCGCAGAAGGGUACGCAAAAGAAGGCGAAGGCGGCUUGGACUAUGCUUGGUCAGGUAUCCUCGGUGUCACGCCCGACCAUGUGCCCUUUGUAGGCUCCGUCCCCGAUCGAGAGGGGCAGUAUAUCAUAGCAGGCUUUAAUGGGCAUGGUAUGGCGCGGAUUUUCCAUGUUGCGCCAUGCCUUGCCCGGCUCAUCAAGGGGGAGAAGUGGGAUGCGAGUGUGCCAGAGUGUUUUGAAAUUACUGAGGAGAGGUUGAGGAGAUUGAGGGAGGGCUUGGUAGAGAAGGCGGGGGCGAUGGGAGAGUUGACGGAAAAGACGGGCGAAGUGAAGGUGUGA